AUGGCUAUCCAGUGGGGUGGAGUGGCGGCGCUGGUGGUGUUCUAUCUGCUCAUCUUCGCUGUCGGAAUAUGGGCAUCCAGGAAGAUCAAAGGGUCUGCUAAUACGGAGAGAGCAAUGGUAGCAGACAGAGAUUUUGGCUGGGGCGUUGGCCUUUUUACGUUGAUCGCGACAUGGGUGGGAGGAGGUUACAUCAAUGGAACGGCAGAGAUCGUUUUUACCCCUGGGUGGGGUCUCGUAUGGGCCCAGGCACCGUGGGGCUACAGUCUCAGUUUCGUCAUAAAUGGCCUUUUCUUCGCCAAGCAGAUGAGAUCGGCUAAUUACGUCACAAUGAUAGACCCGUUUCAGAUCAAGUAUGGCAACCGAAUGGGCGGGCUUCUGUUUUUGGCUGCACUGACAGGAGAAUUGCUGUGGUGUGCCGCCAUUUUAGCAGCGCUGGGAUCAACUAUCAGCGUCAUCCUAGAGUUGGAUCAGAAUCUUUCCGUCAUCAUCUCGGCAUGCAUCGCUGCAGCAUACACGAUCUUCGGCGGGCUUUUCUCAGUGGCCUACACUGAUAUCAUCCAACUGAUCUGUAUAUUCGUCGGUCUGUGGAUCUGUUUACCCUUUGCGAUGACCAAUGCUGCUGUCACACCCAUCAAAGAUACAACGGAUCGCUGGGUAGGCGAGUGGGACGUCAGAACUACUGGACAGUGGGUUGAUAGUUUCCUACUGAUUCUCUUAGGCGGAGUACCUUGGCAAGCUUACUACCAACGGGCUCUAUCGGCCAAGUCAGCUGACCACGCCCGUUACCUCUCAUUUGCUGCAUCUAUUGGGUGUAUCAUUAUCAGCAUCCCCGCCUACAUCAUGGGUGCCGUCGGAGCCAGUACGGACUGGAACAUGACGGCCAUUAAUCUGAAUAAAACGGAUCCAUAUAAGACACCCGAAAUCGUCCUCCCCGCCGUCGUCCAGUUCCUCACCCCUCCCGUGGUCGCCUUCCUCGGCCUUGGGGCCAUAUCAGCCGCGGUGAUGUCGUCCACCGAUUCGUCUGUCCUCGCCUCGAGUUCCAUGUUCGUUAGGAACAUCUACAAGAACAUCCUCAGAACUUCUGCAUCGGAGCUAGAGCUGCUUUGGAUUCUUCGACUCACAGUUCUCAUCGUUGCAACCCUCGCUACCGUCUUGGCUCUGACCGUCGAGUCUAUCUACAUCCUCUUCGUUCUCUGCUCCGACUUCGUUUACGUCGUACUCUUUCCGCAGUUUGUGUGCGUCGUCCACAUCGAAAAAUCCAACACAUACGGCUCCUUUGUCGCGUUCAUCCUCGGUCUCUUUCUCCGACUUGCCGGUGGGGAGCCCGCCCUCAACCUCCCAGUCCUGAUAAGAUACCCAUACUACGAUGAGGAACUCGGUCAGUUGUUCCCUUUCCGAACUCUGGCCGCGAUCGUGUCUUUCGUGUCCCUGGUCGUCAUCUCGUGCAUCACCGAUGUCGUUUUUAAGAGAGGUUUUCUUCACGAGAAAUACGACAUCUUUAAAUGUGUGGUCGAUACCGAAGUCAAGUCGACCAAGGAGGUCUUCGCCAAAAGUACUUCCGGUCCCAUGGGCAUGACGGAAGACAAGUGUGUCGGCAUUGACAACGUAGCCAUGACCGAUUUCUAGGGCCCGAUGGCCAGGUCUAAUCAUUAAUUGAAGAACACAGAUACACUCUUCAACACAUGACAUCAUAGUCUAGAGAUCAUAGUAUAGUGAUAAGCUUUUCGACUUCCUUAUAAAUGGCCGUACGCAGCAGGGGGGGGAGGGGUAGUUCUCCCCGAAAAAUUUUGAAACCCUACAUUUUUUACUGAAAGUUUUUAUAAAAUUCACCAAAAGUGUGCACGAAAUAUUUUAAUUUAACUUUCAAAAAUCCAAAGAGGCCCCCAUUUAAAGCUUGCUCGCUUUGAUGUUUCGCUUUUGACUUUCUUUAAAAAAAUAACGCGUCUUACACCCCCCUAUAAAGAUUUUCUACUUACGGCCAUGGACUUGCAUAGAUGUUUACCUGAGCCAUUUUUGCCUCUGUCGUUUGCACUUUUGUCGUUUUUACCCCUGUUAUGUUUUCCUGUGUCAUUUUACCAUUUACUGACAAACGUAUAUCAUAGAAUGUACAACUGAUUAGCCAUUAGAAGUCUGAGUUUACUCACGACCAACUUGUAAUGCAUUCCUGAUUGGAUAAAAGACCAAAAGCUUCAGCAUGUCUCUACUCAUGACAUUUUUGUAUUAAAAAAUGUAUCUUGUGUGAUCUUUCACCAAUAUGAUGUCAUAGCCGAUGGACAAAACCUAAAGAAAAAUCUUCAAAGAGAAAAUUUAGUAUUAUUGUUGCUGCCUUUGGGAAUGAUUAAAAAAGCAGACACGAAGUUUGAAUGAUCAUUCAAACGAGGCCGGUGGCCUAUGACCUUUAUUCACUUCUAUCUGAAAUAAUACCCUCAGUACUUUAACAUAUACUUUGUAUCAUUAUUCAUUGAUAAAAUAUGUAAUCAUCUUAAAGGUGCAUGUUAUUUCUAUGUGUGGU